AUGAAAGAGAAAAUUAGUCUGCGGACAACUCUGGUUGUCGUAAGUUUCGAAGAUGAAAGUGGUUAUACCCCAGAACUCACCGUGAUCCGCUCACCGCGAACUGGUGAAAAACAAGAAGGGGAUAUCGCUCUCAAGUAUGCCGAACAACGGAUUGAAGUCACUCCAGAGGAGGAUAAGCGUCUUUUACGGAAGAUUGACAUGUACAUACAACCACCGAUGAUUUUGAUCAUUAUUCUUCAAUUCAUCGCCAAGGUUACAACAACAGCUGCUCUUAUGCUUGGAUUUAGAGAAGCUCUCGGUAUGCAUGGAGACAUGUAUCCUUGGGUGGCUUCUUCAUUUUACCUUGGUUAUCUCGUAUUCACUCCGAUUGGUGUGCGUUGUUUGCAACGAUUCCCUGCCCUGAAAACCCUUGCAAUUUUUAUUAUGCUUUGGGGUGCUGAUCUUUGCUUGAUGGCUAUCCCAGCGUAUGCUUCCUUUAUCACAUGGAGAACCAUUUUGGGUAUGUUAGAACUGGCUGUGUUGCCAGGUUGUAUGAUAGUGGUGGGCCAAUGGUACAAAGCUGAAGAGCAAUUGUUUCGUACAACUUUAUUUUAUGCUCUGAUGGGAUUUGGUGGGCUUUUGGGCGAUGCAAUGGCCUACGGUUUAUACAAACAUCAGUACUCUUAUCUCAUCCCUGGGUGGCAGGUGUGUUUCAUUAUCAUGGGUCCCAUCACUAUUUUGUAUGGGGUAUUUUACUUUUUCCACAUGCCCGACAAUCCGUCAAAAGCGUGGUUUUUAAAUGAAAGGGAAAAGCAAAUGGUCGUGGAAAGAAUCAGAGAGAACCAACAAGGGUUUGGCAAUCCGAAAUGGAAAUGGUAUCAAUUCCGUGAGUGUUUAAUGGAUGUUCAGGUCUGGCUUUUUUUCCUCUUUGGUGUCUUCAAUAAUAUUGGAAAUGGCGGGUUACAAAAUUUUUCUGUACUCCUCCUUGAGGGCAUGGGUUUCAAAGAUGAGAUGCAGAUUUUGAUGGAUAUGCCUUGCUAUGCUUUUCAAAUCGUUGCUUGUAUGGGUCUUUCCUACUGUGAACGCUACAUCAAACUGAGAAUGGCUGUUUGUACUUUUGGUGCAGUUAUCUAUAUGAUUGCACUUAUACUAAUUGCGUAUGGACCAUCAGACAAUGCCAAAUAUGGCGGUUAUGUUAUCAAUACGAUCUCUUUAUUGCCUGGUGCUUGUCUUCUUUCUUGUUUCGCCUCGAAUGUGGCGGGACAUACAAAGAAAGUCACGUUCAACUCAUUUUUCUUGAUCGGUUAUUGCGUGGGUAACUUGAUUGGUCCACAAACCUUCAAGGAAAGUGAAGAGCCGUUUUACCAAACCGCAAAGACCACCAUGAUGUGUUCUGCGGUAUUGUCGCUUUUCUUCAUUAUGUGCAUAUGGGCAGUUUACGUUGUUCGCAACUGGCGUAAAGAGAAACUUGUUGGCACCGAAAUAUAUAAUAAGUUCGCCAAUAUGGAGAACGUCGAAUUCGGAGAUUUUACUGAUAUGGAAAAUCCUUUGUUCAGAUAUUCUUGGUAA